GGGGAGAGAAGCCUCCUCCUCCGUCGUCGUCGUCGUCGUCGUGGUGUCGUCGCCGGCCUCCAUGUCGGCGACGGGGCCGGGAGGCCGAUCAGCCUCGGCGGGGACGGACAGCGCCGGCCGCCGCAUGGACCCGCACGCCCAACCUCUCCCCGCACCUGCCCCCGCAGCCGGGGAGCCGGACCGGGACCGGCAGGACCAGGAGGAGGAGGAGCCGGUCCUGCAGAGGAUCCCUCCCGUGCAUCCUCCUCCUCCGAGCCCGGGGCAUCCUCCCGUUGGACCGGUGCAUCCUCCUCCGAGCCCGGAGCAUCCUUUUGGGGGACCGGGGCAUCCUCCCGUUGGAUCGGAGCAUCCUCCUCCUCCGAGCCCGGAGCAUCCUCUUGGGGGACCGGGGCAUCCUCCCGUUGGACCGGUGCAUCCUCCUCCUCCGAGCCCGGAGCAUCCUUCUGGGGGACCGGGGCAUCCUCCCGUUGGACCGGUGCAUCCUCCUCCUCCGAGCCCGGAGCAUCCUUCUGGGGGACCGGGGCAUCCUCCCGUUGGAUCGGAGCAUCCUCCUCCUUCGAGCCCGGAGCAUCCUUUUGGGGGACCGGGGCAUCCUCCCGUUGGACCGGGGCAUCGUCCUCCUGCGGGCCCGGGGCAUCCUCUUUGGGGAGGGGGGCAUCCCUCGGGCGAGGCGGGUCCGGAGCUGGUGCGAGCCAUCCGGGAGAAGGAGAGGGACCUGCGGCUGGCGGCUCGGCUGGGCCGGGCUCUGCUCCGCAGGAACCAGGACAUGAGCCGACAGUACGAGAGGAUGCACCGGGAGCUCACCGACAAGCUGGAGCACCUCGAACAGGAGAAACACGAGUUGAGGCGACGUUAUGAAAACCGGGAAGGAGAAUGGGAAGGUAGAGUGUCGGAGCUGGAAAGCGACGUGAAGCAGUUACAGGACGAACUGGAGAAGCAGCAGAUUCACCUCCGGGAAGCCGAUCGAGAAAAAACGCGGGCCGUCCAAGAACUCUCGGAACAAAACCAAAGACUCCUGGAUCAGCUGAGCCGGGCAUCAGAAGUCGAACAGCAGCUCUCCAUGCAGGUUCACGCCCUCCGAGAGGAUUUCCGGGAAAAGAACUCAUCCACCAAUCAACACAUCAUCCGACUCGAAGGUCUCCAGGCUGAACAGGUACUUGAAAUCAAGAUGCUCUCGGAGCGGAAGCGGGAGCUGGAGCAGCGGCUGAGCGCCACGAUGGAGGAGAACGACCUGCUGCAGGGGACGGUGGAGGAGCUGCAGGAACGCGUGGUGGCCCUGGAGAGGCAGACCCAGGAGCAGGACCUGCAGCUACACCAGAGCCAUCUAGAGCUGCAGGAGGUCCGCAUGUCCUACCGCCAGCUGCAGGGGAAGGUGGACGAGCUCAGUGAAGAGAGGAGCCUCCAGAACUUCAACACCACCGGCACCUCCCUGCUGUCCGAGAUCGAGCAGAGCAUGGAGGCCGAAGAGCUGGAGCAGGAGAGGGAACAGCUGAGGCUGCAGCUGUGGGAAGCCUACUGCCAGGUACGCUACCUCUGCUCGCACCUCCGGGGCAACGACAGCGCCGACUCGGCCGUCUCCACGGACUCCUCCAUGGACGAGUCUUCGGACACCUCGUCCACCAAAGACGUGCCCGCCGGCAGCCUGCGCGCCGCGCUCAGCGAGCUGAAGAGGCUGAUUCAGAGCAUCGUGGACGGAGGAGAGGCCACGAGCUCCCGGAGAAUCGAAGAUGAUGCCUUAGAAGAUCAGAUUAGACAGACCAGUGAGGACUCAAGAGCCCUGAGGGAGCUGAUGGAGGGAGAAAGGGGGAAACUGAGGCAGAGCCUAGAAGAGCUGCAGCGACUUCACAGUCAGGUGACUCUGCUGAGUGUGGAGAUGACGGCUCUGAAAGAGGAGAAAGACCGGCUCAGAGGGACGUCUGAGGAGAAGGAACCCAAAGAGCAGCUUCUGAAGGCCAUCAGGGACCGCGAUGAAGCCAUUGCCAAGAAGAACGCGAUGGAGCUGGAGCUAGCCAAGUGUAAGGUUGACAUGAUGGCCCUGAACGGUCAGCUGCUGGACGCCAUUCAGCAGAAACUGAACCUCUCCCAGCAGCUCGAGGCCUGGCAGGACGACAUGCACAGGGUCAUCGACCGGCAGCUGAUGGCCAAGCACCAGAAGGAGCGGAGCCGGCCCGCCGCCUCCUUCUCCGGCGGCCUCCGGGCACCGCGGGGCCCCGGGCCCCGGGCCGGGCCGCCGGCGGAGCAGCGGGGCCCCGGGCCGGAAGGCAGGCGCCUCUUUUCGUUCUUCAGGAAGAUUUAAGUCCGGAGGAGCUGGCGCCCGGCGCCGCGGCGGCAAACUGUGGGGCCGGGGAAGCAACCCCCGGCGGGCGGAGGGGGCCCGCCGC